CAGUCGCAGCUCGGAGAGCAGGGAGAGCACUAGAGCAGCCAGUGACAGCACCAUCAGUGCAGGCACAGCGGAGAGAGAGACAGCUUCAGAUGGCGUUCAAGAAGCCAGCCAUCGUCACCCUCUCUUCCCUCCUUGUCCUGCUGCUCAUCGCGUCCGGCGCCGCCGCGGCGAGGCUGACGCGCCAACUGAGCUCCGACGACAUUGGUGCCGGUGCUGGUGCCGCCGCUGCUGCUCCAGCUGCCACACCGGCCGUGGCGCCCGUGGCUGCUGACGCACCGGUCGAUGCCAAUGCCAUCCCGGCUGCGGCAGCUCCGAUCGCCGCCAGCACGAUCCCGGUGGGGGCGGGCGGCGCUGGCGACCACGGGAUGGUCUUCUUCAUGCACGACAUCCUGGGCGGCACGAACCCGUCGGCGCGCAUCGUGGCCGGCAUCGUCGACAACGCGGCGGUCACGGCGCAGCUCCCCUUCGCGCGCCCCAACGGCGCCGUGCUGCCGCUCAACAGCGGCGUCAACGUCAACUCCGGCGCGGCGGGCGCCAUCGACAACAACAACAUCCCCUUCCUCACGGGCCUCGGCGGCGCCACCAACGCCGCCAAGUCCGUCGGCAACAACGGCAACGGUGGCAACGGCGGGAGCGGCGUGCCCGUCUUCGCCGGCGGCAGCCUCCCGCAGGGCACCACGCUGCAGAAGCUCCUCUUCGGGACCAUGACGGUGGUGGACGACGAGCUGACGGAGGCGCCGGGGCUGGGGUCCGCGGCGGUGGGCCGGGCGCAGGGCUUCUACAUCGCCAGCUCGCAGGAGGGCGUCAGCCAGACGGUGGCGGUCACGGCCAUGUUCAAGGAGGGCGGCUUCGAGGACACCAUCAGCUUCUUCGGCGUGCACCGCACCGCCGACUCGGAGUCCCACCUCGCCAUCGUCGGCGGCACCGGCAAGUACGUCGGCGCCAAGGGCUUCGCCAAGGUGGCCGUGGUCAGGCCCGGAGGCGUGGCGGCGUCCGGCGCGCUGCUCGAGACCGACGGCGUCGAGACCGUGCUCCAGUUCACCGUGUUCCUCGUCUAAGUGUGUGCCAGAGAUCGAGCUACUAGCAGCAAAGCAACCAGGGAGGUUGUUGUGAAUGCGAGUUGUUUGAUGCUGCAACAAGUAGCAUGCUGCAUUGCAUGCAAAACUAGAAUGUACUGCUUCUGAAAGUGUUUUGUAUGAUUGUGUUAAGUGUUCAUGCGUAAUUAGUGUUACUGAUACAUGCGUAAAAUGUAUUGCUUUCUGAAAAUAUGCAAGGAAACCACUUGUA